AUGGGUUUAGGGACUUCGAGGUGGUUGCAGAUUCAUGAUGAAGGUAGUGAGUUGAAGAAUUACAUAAGUUGGGAAGACUUGAGACUUGUUGAAGACGUUGGAACAGAGAGGAGUUUUAGCACUGAUUGGGUGAACCAGAAAAGUAAUUUUGGGGCUUCAAACGCAAACGCAAACUCGAAGAGAGUGAUUGUGGUUGAUAAGAGAGGAAGAGGAGACUCUGUUACAGUUCAAGGAGCUGUUGAUAUGGUUCCUGAUUCCAAUUCUCACAGAGUUAAAAUCUUCAUUCUUCCUGGUUUUUACAGGGAGAAGGUGUAUGUACCGAGGACAAAGCCGUACAUAUCGUUCAUAGGUAACGAGAGUUAUGCGGAACAGACAGUGAUUAGUUGGAACGAUAAAGCAUCAGACAGGGAUACAACUGGCAAAGAAGAACUCGGCACUUUUAGAACCGCCACUGUCUCAAUUGACUCUGAUUUCUUCUGCGCCACUGCCAUCACUUUCGAGAACACGGUGAUGGCAGAGCCGGGAGAGGAAGGGAAGCAAGCUGCGGCGCUGAGGGUCACAGGGGACAAGGCAAUGUUCUACAGAGUUAGGGUUUUGGGAUCACAAGACACUCUUAACGAUGCAACUGGAUCUCACUACUUUUACCAAUGCCAUAUUCAAGGAAACGUUGAUUUCAUCUUUGGCAACGCAAAGUCACUUUACCAGGACUGUGAUAUCAGGUCAACAGCAAAGAGAUAUGGAGCGAUCGCAGCACACCAUAGAUCUAUAGAGAAUGAAGAUACUGGCUUCUCCUUUGUCAACUGUGACAUCGGCGGUACAGGGAAGGUUUACUUGGGAAGAGCUUGGGGAAACUAUUCGAGAACUGUUUAUUCAAACUGUUUCAUUGCUGACAUCAUCGCUCCUGUCGGCUGGAAUGACUGGGAAGACCCUGCCAGGCAAAGUAAGGUGUUGUUUGGAGAGUAUAAUUGCAGGGGAAGAGGAGCAGAGAGAGGAGGUCGAGUACCAUGGUCAAAGAGUCUUACCCAAGAUGAAGUCAAACCUUUUCUUGGGAGAGAGUUCAUAUAUGGAGAUCAGUGGCUGAGACUCUAA